AUGUCGGCCAACGAAUCCUCCUCAGACCGCCUCAUCCAGGCCAUCGCCGAAACCCUCGAUAUCGCCCUCGAGGACAUCUUACUCUUCGACUCCUUCACAGAACUAGGCGGCGACGAGGAAUCAGCUCAGAUGGUCCGCGCGGCCUGCCAAAGCAAGGGGCUUGAUGUAAGCGGUCACGAUAUCAUGGACUGUCCUACUUUAGCCGAGCUGCAGACGCGAGUGACGCCCCAGGCUCAAGCCCUCGCGGAUGCACCUCAACGGGGGGCCAGCGUUUCUUCGCACUCGAGCUCGCAUUCUGAUUCGGCAGGGACAUUUUGUAGUUAUUCAUGCCCAGAUUCGGAGUAUGAGGAGGAGCUGGAGCAGGAAGAGGAAGAGGAACAAAAGGAACAGGAACUUUUUGAACCGGGAGAGACACAGACACAGACACUGACACUGACACACCCUGAAUUGGCCAACUGUAGGGCUGCAGGGGCCUCAAUUGGCCCUGUGGACCCUAAUUUGGAGCGCUUACUGCUGUCAUUUCCCAGCGUCAGCAGCAUCUGCAUGGUCCGGCCUAGGGCAGGCCCAUUUGACGGGCAAUUGGUAGCUCUUAUUAAGAUCAACUCUUGCACUGGUCUUGGUCUAGGACUAACUAAUCAGCCUCCAACGUUAAAUCUGCACAGCCAAAAUACUACCAGAGCUUGCAUCUCCCCCCUUGAGAUCGACCUCGUCAAGCAAGAGAUCUCCCUCCUUCGCAUGGCCGUACAGGAAUGCCCUCAUCCGCCGCAGAUCUGGGUUCCCUUGGAAAACGACUGUGAGAAACCGCGUCGCUUGCAAACAUGGGUCCAGAACAUGGACGACGAUACCUACAAAGAGGUCAUGAAGCUGCAGAUUCCCGCGCGCCGCCGCCGAGUCACCCGGCGGAAGAGCGCAAUGCCAGCGGUGAGCACUGAGCAUCUUGAGACUUUUGCUCUCUCGCCGAUGCAGCAGCUCUACUUACAGGCGAUUGAUACGAAUGAUGAGACUGCGGUUGCGCAGAGUGAGCGCUACACCCAGAGUCUUAUGCUAAAUGUCAAAGGCGGUGCAGACCCUUCUGAUGUCGACGCUGCCAUUGAGGCGAUCGUGGCCAGACAUGAUAUGCUUCGAGCUCGGUUCAGAAAGAUUCAGCAGGAUUGGAUGCAGUGCAUCCAGCCUGAGCCGAAGAAAUCCUACAGACUCACUCACCACGUCGACGUUGGUGAGGAGGAGGUUCUCGCGCUCAUCAACGAUGCCGAAGAGGCCAUCAAUCCUAUCGACGGGCCUGUCUUUGCGGCUAUGUACAUUCACAACCAGGACAGGCAAAUGCUGCAUCUCGUGGCUCACCAACUAGUCGUCGAUUCUCUUUCGUGGCGGGUCAUGCUCAGUGACUUGGAGGAAUUGCUGCAAAAGGGCACUCUUCUCUCUGAAGGGUCUGUGUCUUUCUCGCAUUGGGUCGAUUACCAGAAUCAUCAAAUGACACAAAGACUAUUCGAACCAACACUUCCAUUUGACGUCUUUUCCGCGAAUCUCGAAUACUGGAACCUGGACCAAGGAUCGAACACCUACGGAAACUCGGAUCGUGUGUCUAUUCACCUCACAGCAGAGCAGUCGUAUGCUCUCGAGCAAUCAAGCGCCCGCAUUUUCAGGACGGACGUUGCUGAUGUCCUUCUGGCCGCGCUACUACUAUCCUUCCGUCAGGUCUUCCCAGAUAGGAGUCUCCCGACGCUGUGGAAGCAGGAGAAUGGACGGGAUGCCACCGAGGGCGAGUUCAACAUCGUGGAGACGGUUGGGUGGUUUGCUUCGCUUUGUCCGAUUGGUGUUUCCGUGGAUUCGACUACUGACUUGAUCGAGGCUAUCACAUUAAUUAAGGAUACGCGAAGGGCCAUUCCAAGAGCUGGUGUGCCGUUCUUUGCUUCUGAGUUUUCGACGUCUGAAGGCGCAGCUGCAAAUAUUCCUCUAGAGAUCGUCUUCAACUCGGUAGAUACGGCUAGAGAACUGCAACAGCAGAACGGGUUAUUAGAACCAAUUCCAUCACCUGGGCAGACAACCUGCCUCAAGUCCAAUGCAGGACCUGGAAUCGGGAGAAUUGCCUUGUUUGAAGUAUCAUCCAUGGUAAACAACUCUGGAGCACAAAUCGAUGUCGUGUACAACAAGAUGUGCAGAUAUCAAGAAAAGAUUCAGAUGUGGAUUCAGGAGUUCGAGUUUCAAGUGCUCGUUGCUAUUGCGAAACUGCAGAAUCUCGAGCCUCAACUUACUCUAUCCGACAUUCCCCUAAUACAAUCGUCAUACCAGGCCCUCGAGAGACUCCGUUCAGAUCGACGCAUCAACAUAAAGGACAUGGAGACCAUCUACCCCGUCACACCAGCCCAGCAAGAAAUCCUCAUCGCGCAGGCCCAAAACGCAGACGCCUUCCACGUCCACGCCGCCUACGAACUCACAGCCCGACAGCCCCCCGUCGACAUAACGCGACUAUGCGCGGCAUGGGAAGCUAUGGUCGCCAACACCCCCGCGCUACGAAGUAUUUUUAUCGAUGCUGUUUCUCGUGAUGGUUUGUUCGACCAGGUUGUUCUAAAGAAGAUUUCGCCGAGUAUUCUAUUCAUCGAGGCGAUGAAUCCUAUCGAAGCUGUUGCCACGCUGCCAGCGGUGAAUUUCUCAUUCGCGGAGCCGAGACAUCGUCUCGCGGUGUGUUAUAGCCCGUUGAGGAUGGUUGUCAGGCUUGAUGCGAGCCAGGCACUCUGCGAUGUGACGAGUCUUCAUCUUCUGAUUGCAGAACUCAGCCGUGUCUACUCAGGAGAAGAUCCUUAUUAUGAUUCAGCUCUCCACAACACAUACCUCCACCAGAUAGCCUCCAUGGACACGGCAUAUAGUCUCGAAGUCUGGAAGGCCGGUCUCUCACAUGUGAACCCGUGUAUCUUCCCACCGCUUUCGACAGCCGCCAAGGAUGCUUUCCACAGUCUCCCCUACGAUAUCGAUAUCUCGCAGAUGCAGCUACAGGUGUUCUGUCAGCAGAACCAGGUCGACGCUGCAGCAGUAUUCCAACUCGCAUGGGCACUUGUCCUCCGCGCUUUUGUGGGCGAGGAGAGUGUCGUUUUCGGCUACCAGUUCAAUGCUCGUGACGAGCAGCUUCUGUGCGGGAUUGAGCAGCUCGUGGGCAGUUUUGCUACGCUUUUGCCAUGUGGCGUUGACCUUCCUGCGGGUCAGUCUCUAAAGGAGUGUCUCGCCGCUGUGGGAGAAGCGUUCACUAGUGCCAGCAAACAUGACAAUCUCACCUUGUCUGAAGUCCAGCAUGCGCUAGGCCUGGAGGACAAGCGCUUGUUCAAUACUUGUCUCUACUUUCAUAAGCAAGAUCAACUUGAUAUUGGCGAGGAAUUGACUUCUGCGCUUGUCACAUCUGGUCGAAAGACGGAUUGUGAUUUGUCGCUGACACUCAUGUUUCUCAACGGCCGUCUUCACGGGAGUCUCGCAGCCCGGUAUCUCUCAUCAAACCAGAUCCAGAGCGUCAUGAGCAGUUUCCAUUCGGCUCUUAGUCAUAUCCUGCAACACUCUGAGCAAUCUGUUGCGGAGACGGAUCUUCUUACAGACCGUGGGUACGCACAGCUGGUUGUUCAAGACUGGGAGUUUGCUCAACAGCCCCAGAACGUCUCAGCUUGUCUGCAUGAUGUGAUCCUCCAGCAUAGUCUCAUUCGCCCUGAUGUACCCGCAGUGUGUUCAUGGGACGGAGACAUCACAUACCUGCAACUUGCAACACUCGUCACAAGACUCCGAACAUACCUUAUCAACCUCGGUGUCGGCCCAGGAACCGUCGUCCCUGUUGUUCUGGAGAAGAACCAUUGGGCACCUGUUAUUCUUCUCGCCGUUCUUCAAGCCGGAGCGGCGUUUGUGGCGCUUGAUAGUCAGGACCCAGCUACAGUGAAGUCUACCAUCGACUAUCUCAAUCCUCACGUCGUUCUGGCUACUGAAACAGCAUGGAAAGACUUGAGCACGCUGGCUAUCAACCUCGUCAUCAUCAACGAUACUUUCUUCGCUAUGCUGACGCCGUACUCAUCAACGAUUGGAAAAGACGCCAGUCCUGACCACGCUGCGUGCAUUUUCGUCACGCCCAAGAAAUCGAGGAGUAUCUUCUUCACCCAUGCAUCUCUCCUCUCGGCUUUCACAAGCCAAGCAGCCGCUCUCAAGAUGAACAGCGAGAGCAGGGUUCUGCAACUGUCCGCAUUCAAUGUUGAUAUCUCACUCGUUGAAAUCCUCGGCACAUUGGUCCACGGCGGAUGUGUCUGCGUUCCAUCUGCUCAUGAUCGAGUGCACGAUAUCGCUGGUGCUAUUGCGCGCAUGGACGUGACAUGGUCGUACAUGACCAGCGUCAUCGCUCGAAAGAUUCACCCUGAUUCUGUGCCGAGUCUGAGAACGUUGUGUUUCCGAACAAGGAAACUUGAUCCUGAUACUUACAUGCCCUGGCUUGAGGACCAUGAUAUUCUCCUUGCCUAUGGUGCACCUGAUAUUUGCCCCCUUGGCAUAUCCGUUACUGAAGUCUCAGAGGGUAACAGUCUGGACGUUAUCUCCCCGCCAGUGACAGGUCGUUUUUGGGUUCUCAAUCCCGAAAAUCCGAAGAAGCUUGUGCCUGUUGGUGCAAUUGGCGAACUUGCCAUUGACAGUCCUUUGGUCACACCUCAUCGGUUCGCUCUUGAUAGACCCCUCUUCGCCCCGGAGAUAUCUCACGAAGAGGGUGAACGAUCUAGACCUCGUUAUCUCAAGACCGGUCAUCGCGUACGGUAUCUUGACGACGGAAAUGUUCAAUUCAUAUCCAGCGUUCGCGAUGAAGUCAGAGUCGGCGGAUUGAUGGUCGACGUAGCACAGGUCGAGCAAUUUAUCCGUCGUUGCCUAGGACAAGGCAUUGACGUGGUUGUUGAUACUAUCACAACCCAAGACUCAGGUCCUCUUCUCGCUGCAUUCAUCCAACUCGGUCCCCAAGUCAUGCAACAACACGAAAGUCUCCGGGAUCUCAGUCCCGAGACCAAAGAGCGGACAUAUGUCGCCAAGAAGAUGUUCGAGGCCUCUCUCGAGAACCCAACAUCCCAAAUGCCCCGUCUGGAAAGACACUGUAUCCCCUCUAUCUUCAUCCCCGUAAGGGCAUUCCCUAUGUCCACCUCCCUCAAGGUCAACCGGCGCAAGCUUCAGCGCAUGGUCGCCGAGUUCUCGUGCAACCAGGUUCUGCAAAUGUCUCGCGUUCCCAACCCCGGCGAGAUACAGCGCAUCGUCUUAUCGCAGAAGCCUCUACCGUUGACAGGUCCUGAAGAAGCUAUGCGAGAGAUGUGGGCCAACGUCGUUGGUGUUUCGGUCUCUGGUAUUAAAGGAUCGAGCAGUUUCUCUUCUGUCGGCGGAAACAAGUUCCUCGCUGCUGAACUUGUCGUCACCUGUCGCAAAGCUGGUCUCUGUGUGUCCCUUACAGAACUUCUGAGCGACACCACUCUCACAGAUAUAUGUCGCGCCGCUGAGACAUCUUCCAGAAAGAUCUCGACCAAGACACCAGUGGCUAAAAACCUCGAUACUCGAUUUGUCAAAGAAGUCAUCGCGCCCCAGCUGCACUGCUCGUCAUCAGAUGUUCUCGACUUCACCGAAGCAUCCUCGCAGCAAGUCAGAGGUCUUGAGCUAGGCAUAUUCAAGACUCGCGCCGAUAUCGUUUGUCUUGCUAUUAGGUUCAACGGCCCUAUCGACUCUUCUCGCCUCGAAGCAGCUUGCAAUGCUUUGGGCAAGAUGCACUCGAUUCUUAACGUCGCGUUUGUCUCUUACGAACAUUGCGUCUAUCAAGUACACUGCGCGUCCUUCAAACCGCCUUUUAUUAAUAUCUCCUGCGCCCCAGCAGCUCUCGACGAUGCUACACAAAACAUUGUCAGCGAACACCAGUCACUCCCUUUCGACCCAGCAGUCCCCAUCACGAAGUUCACGUUUCUCAACGCCGAUCAUCAGGGCUUGCUGGUCAUCCGUUUGAGCAAAUCUCAAAUCGACGAUGUAUCCGCACAUCUCCUCAUCCACGAACUCGCCUCCCUUUAUGAAGGCGGCGACACCCACGACAUUCCUCGGUCUUCCUACCUCGACUACACGCGCGCAUCGCGAGUAUCUCGUCAACAAGGCCUUGAGUACUGGAGCUGCCAACUGGAAAACGCGAAGAUGACCAAGAUCAUCGCUUCUACGCGGCCUAUUGCCCCAGCUUCUGUAUCAGAGAUCAGAACGCUCAAGCAGACAACUUCCCUGGGCCAUCUGGCUCCCUAUGGUAUGGCGCCUGACGCAGCGCUCAAAGCAGCGUGGGCCAUCGUUCUCUCUACCAUCUCCAGCACACACGACGUUCUCUUUGGCGAAGUCAUCCAGACCUCAAGCCUGGAUGUUGUGGGGCCCAUGACAAACACGAUCCCUGUGCGCGUCCAGUUUCCUUCAAGUCACAGCACGCCUCUUGAUCUUAUGAACUGCAUCCAAAUCCAGCGUCAGUCGCACGCUCAGUUCGACACCUUUGGCAUUGGAGAGCUUGUUAAUAACUGUACCAGUUGGCGAUCUUGCACGCAGUUCAGCACCAUUGUGCAGCAUCAUGUUCCUGGGCCUCAUGAUGGUUCGUCCACGAUGAACAUCGACGGUGCGACAUUUACGUAUAGAAUGAUCGAAUCUUGGACAAAGGACUUUCCAGAUCUUUUUGUCCGGUCUACUAUCGAAGCUAACGAUCGCAUCACCCUCGAGAUUAAGUACUCAGAGGAACGACUCGCCAGCUCAUUCGUACAGUCGUGUCUGAGUCUUCUCAUCGCUGCAUGGGAAACUAUCACUCAUCCGGAUACUAUCCACCAACCCAUGAUUCACUCCGCAGAAGAAGUCGCUCGCGCCGAGCGCCAGAUUCCCUUUUCCGCAAAGCAGCAAACCCCCAACCCACCUGUGGAAUCCGUUCUCGAUUCUUCCCAACGAAAGGAUAUCCAAGAAUCUAUCGUGACCGCCUGGGACAAAGUCAUCAAGAUUCCUUCGAGCAUCUCCAAGAACAAACUCCCCACAACCCCAUUCUACGCAGUCUCAAAGUCCAUUCUUCCUGCGUAUGCCCUCACCGCAGAGCUCAACUCUGUUCUCCCGGUGACCCUCACAGUCGACGACGUCCUUGCCCAUCCAAGCAUGCGCACUCAACUCGAGCUCGUGGGCCGUCUUCUGCCUCCCAGGCAUGAUGGGUUUUCCUCUCUUCUCCGACCCAAGUCGAAGAAUGGUCCUGAGCGUUCAGCCACCACUGCCUUACGCGACGGGCUACGGAGUCUCAAGAACAGGAAUAGCAUACUCAGUAGUAGGAGUAGCAUGCUUAGCCUCAAGAACGGAUGGACAAAAAGCAAGCAGCCCUCGACUGUGAUCCCAGAAGAUGCACCAGCGGCUGUACCAAAGAUGACACAAACACCCUCGCAUCCACUAUCGCCCAUUCCCACCAUCGUUAUCCCCGAGAUUGGCUCCUCAGACAUACCCAUCACCCAAGCCAGUCCUCUGUUCGAACUCGACGGCGGUUCAUAUUUCCCUCAAGACCGACGCAGCAGCGGAGGUUCAUCGUGCAGAACACCCGAGGAGGUUUGUCUCAGCCCUGUCUCCAUGAUGAGUCCUGUUUCCUUGAACACACGUAGAACAUCUACGUGGGGGUCUAUGUUUGAGGCUCCACGGAGAGGACUGUCGCCGUUUAGGAACAGGAACUCGUCCACGUGA